GAGACAGUUUGAAACGGAGUCGCCCAUCUUCCUUUUCGAAAAUGUCCGGCGAGAGAAAGCUCUUCUCGAAAGAAGAAAUCAAGCAACACAACGAUGGGCGAUCCUGCUGGUUAAUUAUCCAUGAUAAAGUUUAUGAUGUUACUGAAUUUCUAGAGGAGCAUCCUGGUGGAGAGGAAGUGCUUCUGGAGCUCGCAGGUUCUGAUGGAAGUGAAUCUUUUGAAGAUGUUGGUCAUUCUACUGAUGCAAGAGAAAUCAUGGAAAAAUAUCUUGUAGGAGAACUAAAAGAGGAAGAGCGUGUAAAAAAAGAACCAAAGAAAGAUACAGGGCUGCCAACUGAUGUAAAGGAAUCUGCUUCAAUGUAAGUCACUUUGAGGUUUAGUUAUAAACUUCUUGACUUAUUGACCACCAAUGGUGUUGGUUGCAGCCUCAAUUGUUGUCGGUUUGUGUGCAGUGGCUUUUUUCUUUCUGAAGUAACAACACUUCACUUAGAGAAAGCAUGGCUGUUGCAAAAGGAAGCUUUGAAGAAAUUUAUUUAUAACAUUAUUCAAAGUGACAUGAUUUAAAACUUGUAGUGGAUCUGGACAAUACUCUCAUAAUUUUUUACACAAAUCAAGGAUUUAUAUAAUUUUGAAAGUAACAUUCUACCAAUGUAGCCAGUACUGAUGCUUUCAGCUCCAGAGUUUUCUGUCAAUUGUUUCACUUUGAAUGAAUCUAUUAUUGAAGCAAUAUAAACCAAUUGGCUCCAUAGA